GUGCAUGUGAUGAUGCGAUGACCGUGCACUGCACUGUUUUGAUACUUGGUGGUAGCACUAAUUGAGCCGUCAAACUGACUAAUGUUCGUACUUCAAAGAUCCUAGAGAUUGACUGAGAGAAUGUGAUCUUGUGACAGAAAGACUGAUACAUAUCUGCAGAAUGGCGCAGAACCAUAGACCGAUCUAUGGCCGAUCUUCUUCUGAUGCGGCUCUGAACUUUUCCAUCACCGAAUCUCAGGAUGGACACGGCCUCAACAUCAGGAGCAACGGUAGCGUCCCGGCUGCUAUGCGGGCAGCGUACGCCGAGGCAAGCCGAGAUCAUGGGUACAGGCUCAGCAGGAGCAGAGAGGAAUAUCAGAACGGCUCAUCGAGACUGGAACAUCAUCAACACAAUCCCGGACAUAACUACACACUGCCAAGGAAUACUGCAAGACAUCAAGUAAGAAACUCCAGCAGGGAAUUGAAUGCUGAUGAAGAACUUUGGAAACGUAAAACUGCAAGUUUGCCACGAUCAAAAGGAAAGCAGCAGAGAAGUGCAUUUUAUCCUCCGAGUGAGGCAGGGGAUGGAUAUUCAAGACCUGUUUAUAAUCGCCAAAAUAGUGCAGGGGAUAGCAUCCAUAGUUACAGUCAUAGGGAAGAUGUGCACUUGAGUCAGAACCAAAGAAUUGAUCAUCAUCACGCUGUUGUCAGAGCAUCAAGCUUUCAGAUAGGAGCCGAUGUUGACUAUGCAUAUCGUGCGAAUCAGAAUGUCCCACACUCACAAACUAGUACACCAAGUUCAAGGACAUUACAAGUAGAAGGUAGAAGCACGUCGGUGCACGGUAGCAAUGGCCAUGUAGAAGACGACAGAUUCCGCGGCUACAGUGUUGGGUCCAGGGGAUCAAGUCCAAGUCCCCGUCCAAACAUACGUCGUGCAAACUCUAACAGCAACACGAACAAGCUGGGGGUAAGUGGUGAGGCUGAUCAGAGCCUGAAUACCUCGUUCUCAUCUUCAGUUGGAAGUCCCGGUAAAAAGAAAUUGUCUAGAAAGCCUUCCUUCAAAGCGUUUGGGUCUCUGAUCCAAAAGAUGGUGAAGCAAAUAGGGAGCAUGGAAGAAGGAAAAGGGUCCAACUCUCGAGAUGGAACGUCAGGAAGCAGCGUUGUGAAUGGUGAAGCGGAUAUUCACCCUCCUACCUCCCCACCUUGCAGCCCUAUCCUCCUCCAUGGACGUGUCCCGGGGCUGUCGGGUCUUCGAAACCAUGGCAACACUUGUUUCAUGAAUGCCAUCGUCCAAUGCCUGAGCAAUACAGACAUCCUGGCUGAGUACUUUGUGCUGGAGCAAUAUCGCGAGGAUCUCUCACAUUCCAAGAAACUAAGUAAAAAGUUUGGAACCAAAGGAGAAGUGACGGAGCAGUUGGCUGUCCUCCUCAAAGCAAUUUGGAGUUGCAAAUAUUCUCCCCAUCAUACUACAGAAUUCAAGCGCAUAGUGGCUAGGCAUGGGAGUCAGUACAGAGGAAAUGACCAACAUGAUGCGCAGGAGUUUCUUAUAUGGCUUCUAGACAAAGUCCAUGAAGACCUCAACAGUGCAAAGAAGAAGUACAAGCAACUCAAGGUAUAGUAUAAAAAUAUUAAUUGCAUUCCAUUCCAAAUCAUUUUGAAUUAAUGUCUUUUAAUAAUUAUUAAUUAAUUCAAUAUAUUGUAAUGUAACAUAAAGUCUACAUGUAUUCAGUUCUCCACUGUUCGAAAUUGCUCUUAAAUUUGUUGCCAAGUAUGAUUAUUGAUCAUGAUUUGUCACCAUAUGUUUUAAUGAUUGAUGAAUAUCAUGUACUUUAUGUUUUUAUAUUGUCUAUUUUUCAAUUGUUUAUAUUGUACUGUACACUGUAUAUCAUUUGAACCAAGUUAAGAAAGAGGAAGAAGAACAACACUAAAGUGAACAAAGUAAUUGUUCAGAUUUCAGCUUAUAUAUCUAUACAACUUUAGGCAAACCACAU